CCUGUCUCUUAAUCGGAAGUAGCUGCGAUUGGCUGACCUGGGAAACUGUAGUGCUUCCGGGUCAAUUGUAUGGGUGCCUACACGUGUGUGUAUGGAUUUGCUGCAUGCAUAUUGUAAGGGGAGGAAUAUGCAAUUGUAACAGGACAGAGAGUCCAUCCCGUACACUUGUGUAAUUACCGCAAUCAUCUAAGCCUCAAGUGACAUAUAAAAAUUAGGAAACAUGGAAGAAAGUUUCCCACGGGGUGGAACCCAGAAAAAAACUGAUCAAAAAACUGUUAAAAAAAGGCCUAAGGAAAAUGACGGCAACCUUUUCUCGACUUAUCAUGAGGAGAAUGAACAGGAGAUCAAGAAGAAAAAGAAAGUAUUUCAUGAAAAGCCAAAGGCUGCUAGUCAAGAAAAAAGUGUAACAACAGCUGCAAAGGAAACCGUGGAGAUUCCACAGUAUAAAAACCUGAGCGUCGGGAUGAUGUUCCUUGGCUGUGUGAAACAGGCUAAAGAUUUUGAGCUGGCAGUGAGUUUGCCAUAUUGCUUAACAGGCUAUAUCCAAGCAACAAAUAUUUGUGAGGCGUAUACUAAACUCAUUGGUGAGCAAGUGAAAAAAGAUGACCCCAUGGAGGCAUUAACACCCCUCUCUGAGCUGUACAGUCCAGGAAUGUUGGUACGAUGUGCAAUAAGCAGUUUAGAGACAACAACCAGUGGUUGCAACAGCGUCAAACUGUCCAUCAACCCAAAACAUGUCAAUAAAGCUCUGACCACCGGAUCGCUGAAAGCAGGCAUGCUUGUAUCUGGGUGUGUGUCAAGCGUAGAAGACCAUGGAUAUCUUGUUGACAUAGGAGUCACUGGAAGUAAAGCAUUCCUGCCACGUCAAAAAGCACAAUUAUUUUUAAAUCAAGCAGGAAAAGGACCCUUACUCAGAAUAGGACAGUACCUAAACUGCGUGAUUCAAGAAGUGAAGAAUGAAGGAAGGAUAGUCCGUCUGUCCAUCACCCAAAAUGAUGUGACUGGGGCCCUUGCAACUAUGGAACAAAAUUGGACUCUGAAUAAUCUAUUGCCGGGACUUGUACUUAAAGCACAGAUAGAGAAGGUGACCCAGAGCAGCAUCACUUUGUCUUUCCUUUCAUCCUACACGGGCUUUGUGGAUUUCUUGCACUUUGAACCAAAGAAAAUCGGUUCCUACAAGGAGGGUCAGGAAGUCAAAGCCUGUAUCUUGUGGCUUGAUCCUUCCACAAAGAGCAUCAGACUUACACUCCGCCAGUGUUUUCAGCAGCCAGGGAACCCCCUGCCCCAGCUCACCAGUGACUGGGUUGGCUCUGUACUUGAGAACUGCAUGGUUCAAACACUGGUUAGGAACGCUGGAGCCAUUUUUGAGCUGGAUGGAGGAAACCUGGGCUUUGCGUUUAAACAUAAUCUUUCUGCUUCCAAACACCCUGAUAACGAAAUCUUCAAAAAAGGCACUGCUCAUAAAGGAAGAAUCAAAGAAUUUAGUCCCAUGGAGGAGAUGCACUUUCUGUCUCUAAGAGAGAAAAUGAUUACAGAUCUGUUCUUGCGCCAUGAAGAUAUACAGGCUGGACAGGUGCUGGAGGGCACAAUACAGAGCUUGGAAGCAGUAGGAUUGGUGGUGAAGAUCACCGAUCACCUCACUGGUCUUGUGCCUAAACUCCAUUUUGCUGAUGUUCUUCUCAAACAUCCCGAGAAGAAAUACAUUAUUGGGAACAAGAUCAAAUGCAAGGUCUUGACUGUAAUUACUUCUGAACGAAAGUUGAUCCUGACACGGAAGAAAACUCUGAUGAAGUCAAAGUUGCCCAUAAUUGCCAGCUUUGACGAUGCCCAACCAGGCCUAAUUACCCAUGGCUUCAUUGUGGCCAUCAAAGACUAUGGAUGCAUUGUUAAAUUCUUUAAUGAGGUACAAGGCCUAGCUCCACGCCGUGAACUGGGCUCUCUGCAAGAGAUUUCCUCGCUGGAAGAUGCCUUUUACAGAGGGCAGGUAAUUAAGGUUCGAGUUCUGGAUUGUAACCCCCAAACACAAAAAUUGCUGUUGUCCUUCAGAAUAACUGAAGAGGGGGAGACUGAACAAGAACAACGCUACCUCAAGAAGACAAAGGCGGUGAAGCUAGAUGUUGGCAAGGUGGUUGACACAAGAGUCGUAUCGAAAACCGACAAAGGUGUUAAUGUUCUAAUCCUGCCUGAGGAAAGCCCCGCCUUCAUUCCCAAAAUGCAUCUCUCAGAUCACAUAUCAAAUUGCGAGCUACUCUGGCAUGCGCUGGAAGAAGGGGACAACAUUCCUGGAGUUAUGUGUCUUAGCACCUUCAAGGGCCACCAUAUAUUAACAAAGAAAGCAGUUCUGAUUUCCUCCUUUGAGAAAGGAUCGUGCGUAAAAGUCAUCUCUGAAGUGCAGACAGGGAUGCACCUGACUGGCUUUGUGAAAAGUAUCAUGCCAUAUGGUGCCUUUGUUGAAUUCCCAUACGGCCUGUUUGGAUUGGUGCCCAAAUCAGAAAUAUCAGACAAGUUUGUGACCAACAUCAGUGACCACUUAUUCGAGGGCCAGACUGUGUUGGCCAAGGUGAUCAAGACAGAUGAAGAGAAACAGCGGUUCCUGCUGACCCUGAAGAUGUCGGAGUGCGCUCCCAGUGAUUGUUCUGCUGAAGGCCUUCUCCUUCUGAGCCAGUGUUUCAGUGAACUGCAGCUUCUGAAGGGUCUGCUUUCUAGGAAAGGAGAUCCAGAGGAUGAGCUAAGUAUCUACACACUGACCUCAGGACAAAAGCUCACUUUGGUUGUUGAGAAUGCAGAGGAGAAUGGUCCGGUCCACUUCAGUACUGGCAGCAUUACUGGCGCGCAAACUGUAUCAGCCACCCAUAAUAACAUUGGAGAUGAAACGCCAAUUGCUGGACAGAAAGUCAAAGCUGUGGUUUUAAAUGUUGAUUUGCUUAAGCUGCAUGUUUAUGUAUCUCUAAAUGAGGCACUGUUGAAAAAGAAAAAGAAUGUGCCAAAGAUGAAUUCGUCCCACUCAGCAGAUGUGCUGCACGUGGCAGAAGAAUUUGCAGUUGUGUCCUUGACAGGCCCUGCUCACCUAGCUGCUGUUCCUAUGUCAUCUCACCUUAACGACACCUUCCAUUUUGAGUCUGAAAAGCUGAAGGUGGGAGAGACCAUCACCGUAAUUCUAAAAGCAACGUCUGUGAAUGAACAGGGCCUCUUGCUGGCUGUGCAAAAUAAAUCGGCCUUGAAGACAAGCAAGAACCAGGGGCAAACAAAGCAGUCAGAUGUGAAAACCUCUGGUUUCAUGGCACAUGGUUUGAAAGUGGGAGAUCUGGUAUCUGGAACAGUGAAAAGUAUAAAGCCCACACAAGUGAUUGUCUCCAUUAAUGAUAAUGUAUGUGGCUUUAUCCAUGUUUCUCAAAUAACAGAGGAUACCCCACUGGGUUCUUUCCCCACCUCCAAACUGAGCCCAAAGCAGGAGGUGACAGGUCGAGUUAUUGGAGGAAGAGAAGUGAAGUCGCACAGAUACCUUCCAAUCACACAUCCUGACUUCAUACAUUCUCUUCCGGAGCUGAGCAUUCUCCCAGGUUUAAUUAACAAAGACAAUAAAGUUCCAAAGCCAAGACCACUGAAAACGUUCACCCCUGGUGAAAAGGUUACAUGUUAUAUAAAUAAGUAUAACACAGAGAAGAAAUAUCUAGAGGUGGAGAUUACACCACAAAUCCGGGGGAGAAUUGAGCUGCUACUUCUUUCCCAGACCCCCAAGAACUUAAAGCGUCCGGAAAAACUGUUCAAGAACGGCCAAUCCUUGUCUGCAACGGUGGUUGGGCCAGACGCCACUCACAAGCACCUCUGUCUUUCAUUAACAGGUAUCUAUUCAUUGGAGGAAGGAUCUGUGACGAUGGCCUCUGUGACCAAGGUAGUAAAGGGCUCUGGGCUGACACUUUCCCUGCCAUUUGGGAAGACUGGAGAAGCCAGUAUUUUUCACCUACAUGACAACUACACGGAAGCUUCAUUGGAUAAAUUCACCCCUGGGAAGAUUGUCAGGUGUGCCAUACUUUCUGUUUCCAAGACAAUUAAGGUUUCUUUGAUGCAGUCCAAGAUAAAUCAACAAGCUUCCAAGAGUACGGAUGAUAAGGAAAUUACUUCCUUUGAUAGUCUGGAAGAAGGGCAAUUAGUCACUGGCUUUGUGAGUGCAGUUACACAAAACAAAGGAGUGUUUUUCAGGUUAUCCAGCUCUAUUGUGGGACAUAUCCAGUUCCGGAAUAUCACUAGUUAUUUUGUUUAUGAUACCUCGGCAUACAGUAAAUAUAUCCCAGAAGGCACCUUGCUUACAGCCAAAGUUCUGUCUGUAGAUCCGGAGCAGAAACACGUGGAGCUUUCACUACUUCCCAGUGACACCGGAAAGCCUGAUGUGAUACCUGAAUCUGCUGGAUUCAGCAAAAGGAAAAAUAAGGAGAAAAAGACCACAACAAAAAGGAAAAGGGAGAAUUUGGAAAAGGGUUCACAGAAGAAGAAAUCCCAGGAAUCUAAGGAGGAUGAGGACAGUGGAGUUGAGGUUUACUGCAGAGAGGAAGAUUCAGAGGAUAAAACAAAGAAAACACAAACACAGCAGCAGUCCCAGGAGCAAACUAGCAGUCAACCAUCUGUCUCCAGGCUGCAAGUUUCCACUGGGUUCUCGUGGGAUGUCAGCCUAAACACUCUCAAACCAUCUCUAGCUGGGGCUAAUGACAGUAGCUCAGACAGUGAUGAAGAGGAGGAUGAACAGCCCAAGAAAAAGAAGAUGAAAAAAGAGCUGGCGAGAGAAAAAAAGGAAGCAGAGAAAGAACUUUCUAAGAAAGAAGCUGCUUUACAGGAUUCCGGUCGGCAACCUCAGUCAGCGGAUGACUUUGACCGGCUUGUCAUUAGCUCCCCAGACAGCUCCAUCCUUUGGCUACAGUACAUGGCAUUCCACCUUCAUGCCACCGAAAUAGAGAAGGCACGAGUUGUAGCAGAGAGAGCUCUCAAAACCAUUUCUUUCAGAGAAGAACAGGAGAAGCUCAAUGUGUGGGUUGCACUGCUAAACUUGGAGAACAUGUACGGCACUGAGGAAAGCCUUGUGAAGGCUUUUGAACGAGCAGUUCAGUAUAACGAGCCUUUGAAAGUCUACCAGCAGCUGGCCGACAUCUACGUCAAGUCUGAGAAGUUUAAGCAAGCAGAGGAUUUGUACAACACCAUGUUGAAGCGCUUCCGCCAGGAGAAGUCUGUAUGGAUUAAAUUUGCUACUUUCCUUCUAAAGCAAGGCCAAGGAGAUGGGACUCACAGACUGUUGCAGCGUGCGCUUAAGAGCCUUCCGGAGAAAGACCAUGUUGAUGUAAUUUCAAAGUUUGCCCAGUUAGAGUUCCAGCUGGGUGACAGUGAGCGGGCCAAAGCCCUGUUUGAGAGUACGCUGAGCAGCUAUCCGAAACGCACGGACCUCUGGUCAGUUUAUAUUGACAUGAUGGUGAAACAUGGCAGCCAACGGGAAGUGAGGGACAUUUUUGAGCGAGUGAUUCAUCUGAGUUUGGCAGCUAAAAGGAUCAAGUUCUUUUUCAAACGCUAUUUGGAGAAUGAAAAGAAACACGGAAGUGCUGAGAGUGUCCAGGCCGUGAAAGAGAAAGCGCUGCAGUACGUGGAAUCCCAGAGUUCUCUGGCGGCCACAUAGCGCCCCGUGCAUAGAGACUGCUCUGAUUACUGUUUAUAUACCUUUUGUACCCACUGGAUCAAUACAGAUUUCCCUUAUAUGAAUGCCAGGAGAGCGGCAAAGGAAUACAGACUCCAGGUCCUGGGGGGCAUUCCCACUUUUAAGACACAUCUCCUUUUUAAAUCCUACUCCACUGAUGUGUUUUGUAUGCUGCAUUGUGUUGUUCUGAGUGUGAGAUGAUGAGAGAGUAGGUUAUACAUGAAUGGAUCAUGUUGUAGCUACAUGUAUGGCUGCAUAUUCAUACACAGAACUGAUACAUUAAAAAUACAAAACUUUAUUUA